AUGACGAUUGGGAAGGCUGACAGACAGGCUAUAGCUGAUGCUGAUUUCCAAGAUCAACUACUCAAAGCACCACAGCACAUGCAUGCAUGCAUUCAAUUUUGUUACGUACACGGCAUGUUAAGAAUUCUGGAGCCUUUCGUACGUACUAAAUUUUUGGACGGUUCGGAUCGACAGUCCGGUGACCAGAGACGGCCCGACGGUGGCCUUCGGUACAAUUUUGAUGGGCUUUGCCGAGCCACUAUUGAACCCGAUUACGCAAUUCAAACCUCGGGGGAGACUAGCACAGCAAUCUACUGCGCCGCCAUGGCCCCUCAUGCUCCUCUCACGACUCGGCGACUCGGCGCCGCCCCCGGCCACGUCUUCGCCUGCAAGACGUGCAACCGGGAGUUUUCGUCGUUCCAAGCCCUCGGCGGCCACCGGGCCAGCCACAAGAAGCCGAAGUUGACGGCAGCGGACGGGGACUUCAUCCACUCUCUGACGACGCCGGAGAACCCGAAGGCGCACGAUUGCUCCAUCUGCGGGCUGGAGUUCACGAUCGGGCAGGCGCUCGGGGGGCACAUGAGGAGGCACCGUCCCGCAGCCACCAGCGACGACGGGGAGGCGAUGGGCCGGGCCGUGGUGGAGAAGUCGGUUGGUAGCGAAAAGGGAAAUAUGUUCUUGGAUUUGAAUAUUUGA